UUUUCUCCUCCUCUUUCCUCCGGCCGCUCGGAGUGCCUGCACAACCCCAGCGAGCCUCCCAGACAGAGAGGAACCCCAACAACUGCUGCAACUCCAUCUCUAUUCCUCACCCUCUCAAAACUCCCUCUUUCGCUCCUUCACUUCCUCACCCCUCCUGAUUCACCUACACACAAUAGACUUCCUCUUCAAAUACCAGCCUGAGGGGAAAAGGGGGGGUGAGAUACAGUUUCUCUGCAACAAUGGAAAUUCAAUCAGGAAAUGGCGAGGAGGUGGCGAGCCCAGUGUCAGCAACCUUGGGCUUGGUUUCCCACAGUCCCUUUGGGCUUCAGGUAGAGGCAUCAGACGAGCCUGUGCUCAAAGAGGACCUGCAGGCUGCUAAGAGGAUUGAGAGGUUUGACAUCCCACUCGACAACCUGAAGAGGAUGUUUGAGAAGCCAGCUGUGGCAAACACAGAAGUGUCCGUCCACACCUCCUCGUCUAAAAGAGCGACGGCCAGUAAUCUCACGCAGGCUGACCCAUCAACAGAUCGGACCAUGGCCUCCCCUACGGACACCACUGUUUCUGCAGACAGCGCAGGUAGAUCCACAUCAGGACGUCCCAAGGACAGGGCCCCCAGCGCCGAGGACCAGGAGGACGAGCCGGUGUCGGUGAAAGAGCGGCUGGCGAUGUAUCAGGCUGCCGUGUCCAAGAAAGAAACCAGCAGCUCCUCCUCCUCCGCUGCGGUGAUGGAGGAGGCCGAGGCUUGUUCGCUGCCCGGCGGCCUGGCCAGCGUGAAGAAGCAGUUUGAGAAGCAGGAGUUGGCCUCCUCGUCCUCUCAGUCCAGCGUCGCCCAGUUUCACUUUGAGCAGAGAACUGUCCAGGAGAUGUCAAGCUCCUCAGAGGUGACAGUGAGAAGCAGUGCCAGAGAGGUCCUUCCUAACACAACCCUCUAUCACAACCAACAAGAGGUGAUCCAUGAUCAAAGAUUCCACCAGAACAAUGUGGCCGCCAGUUACGGGGACCAUUACGCUGAAACAGUUAUGCUCGUUGGAGGAGAGGACCUACCAAAGGUUUCCACUCAGGCUUUGAAGCAGCAGUAUGAAAAAACGAUUGAGGAAGCCGCACCAGCCAAGGAAAUUAAGGUUGAUGUGGAUGUCAACCAAUUUCAAUGGGCACCAGUUAGUCAGUCCUCCAAAGCUUCAACCGUGACAAGCUAUGACACCUCUUCCACCGUAAAGACUGCCGCUGCCUCGUCAGCAGUGUCUGCCUCGACAGUAGCGCAUGAGAUGAUGGAGCGCUUCCCUCCCCCGCCUGCAAACCUGUUACAGGAAACCCCUGAGUCCGUCUCAUCCCAGCAUCAGGAUCCAGCCUCCAAACAUAAGCAUACUGUUACCAAGGAGCAGUACUUUAAACACAAAAGCUUGGCUGAACUCAAGCGCAUCUCCAAGCACAUUCAUCCAGAGGUACGCAAGAACCUCGAAGAGGAGUUCUUGAGUACGCUAACCGAAGCAGAAAAGGAGGCUUUGGAAAGCGAGGAAAUGGUGGGAGACGUCCAGCAGGCAUGCUAUAUGUUUGAAAAUGACGGCAACGGCUCGAGUAAGUGUUCAAGCCCCGACAGGGAUGAUCUGGAAUGGGAGGAGAUCCUUAGAGGCGAAGUGCAGUCCAUGCGCUGGAUGUUUGAGAACAAGCCGCUGGAUACGAUCAAAGAUGACAUCCCAGAAGAGGACGAGGCAAAGAAUAUUGCGCAGCAGGAAAUCAUUGCUGGCAAAGAUGUCCGACACACAGCUUGGAUGUUUGAGACUCGGCCCAUGGAUGCUCUGGGGACGGAGGCAUCAAAUUCAACUGAGCAGUCCCAAAAGUCAGCUGAGCUCGCGAGAGGAGAUGUUCGCACUGCUACAUGGCUUUUUGAGACGCAGCCACUCGAUUAUCUGAAUAAGAUCUACCAGGAAGACGAGCAGGAGAUGCAUGUUGUCACCACUGAAAGCAUCACCGGCGGGGAUGUGAAAACCGCCAGAUAUCUCUUUGAGACCCAGCAUUUGGAUUCCCUAGGUAAAACCGAAACCAUUGAGGAGAGCCACUUCCUGAACCUGAAGUCUGAGCUGGAAGAGAUCAAAGGGGAUGUGAAGACAACCACUCGCAUGUUUGAGACUCAGCCCACGUGUGUCAUCAGGGGGGAUUCGGGAGAGAUGCUAGAGAUCACCACCAUCCGCAGGGAGGAGACGGAGAAGGGAGACGUCAAGACAUCACGCUGGAUGUUUGAAACCCAGCCUCUCGAUAUCAUUAACCAAGACCCUGCGAUGGUGAAACUGAUAUGUGGUAUAUCAAUGGAGGACAACAUUCAAGGCGGCGUGAACAAAGGUAGAUGGCUUUUUGAGACAAAGACCCUUGACACCAUUAAGGAUGAGGAAUGGGAGAGUUCCAGGAAGCAAAAAGAAGACAUAAUUGGUGCUGAUGUAAGAAGGCACUGUCUGGUUUUCGAGACGCAGGCUAUGGAUACUCUGAAAGACAAUGCCAAUGCUAGACCUUUACUUUCAGAGGAUAUUGUAGGAGGCGACGUUCAAUCAGCCAGGCAUCUUUUUGAAACAGCACCCAUGGAAAAUCUGAAAGAACUGCUUGAAGUGGGAAAACUUAAGAAAACGGUCGCAUCUGAAGAAGAAAAGGGUGACGUGAGGCAUCAAAAGUGGGUCUUUGAGAGCCAGCCAUUGGAGAAUAUAAGGGAGGAGAAAAAGCAGAUUACAAGAACUGUGAACGUUGAAGCUCUCGACAAAGGAGAUGUGACAAACUAUAAAGAAAGGUUUGAGAGCAUGGAUUUAAGCAAGUGUGAAGGAACACAGCGAAUUCAGGUUGAAGGUGUCACAAGUGGAUCCGUCGAAUCCAACAGAGUUCUUUUUGAAUCAACCCCUAUGUACGCAAUGCAGGACAGCUCUGGCCAUUACCACGAGGUGAGGACUGUGAGGCGUGAGGAGAUUGUGAAGGGUGACGUGCGCAGCUGCAGAUGGAUGUUUGAAACCCGUCCUAUCGACGAGUUUGAUGAAAGCAUCAAUAGGUUUCAGAUCAUAAAAGGUGUAUCCAAGCAGGAGGUCGAGUCAGGGGACGUCAAAACAGCCAAGUGGUUGUUUGAGACUCAACCGCUUGAUGCUAUUAAAAGUUCCAGUCAUUUUGAGGAUGAAGAACACAAAACUAAGGAAGAUAUUGAAAUUGAGAAAGGGGACGUUAAGACUUGCAGGUGGCUAUUUGAGACCCAACCGAUGGAUGUUCUGUAUGAAAAGGUGGAAAAGAGCGAGGUCGACAUUGAGAAAGUUCAAAAAGGUGAUGUCAAAACGUGCACUUGGCUCUUUGAGACCCAGACACUUGACAACAUACACGACCAUACAGAGUCUGAGACCAUUCUGAAAACUUGCACUGUAAAUCAAGAGGAUGUCCAAGGAAAAGAUGUGCGACUGGCCCGCUUCCUCUUUGAAACCGAGAACCUGGAAAAUAUCACAGGCGAGGACAGCGCCUCCUUCAGGAGGGUGACGGAAAUUGACAUCCAGUCGGGCGAUGUUUCCAGGAUGAAGUGCAUCUUUGAGAAUCGCUCCUCUGACAUCAUGAGCUCCACCUCUAAGGAAACAAUGCAGAGGUUGAAGACACAGCAGGCCGAGGACAUCCAGAGGGGAAACGUGGUCGACUGUACCUGGAAGUUUGAGCAUCAGCCUAUUGAUGCCAUCUGCGAUGAUUCUACAGAGGCGAGGGAAAGUCGCACUGUGACUGACGUACAGGGGGGUGACGUUGACAAAGGCCGCUUCAUUUUUGAGACAUUCUCUCUGGAUCAAAUUAAAGAGGAGUCCACUCAGAAUGAUAUAUCUAAACUCACUAGUAUCUUUAGAGAUGAAGUAGAGAGGGGGGAUGUGAAGAAUUACACCAUGAUGUUUGAAACUCAGCCGCUGUACGCCAUCCGCGACAAAGAGGGCCAUUAUCAUGAAGUAACUACAGUUACCAAGGAAGAAAUCAUUAGAGGGGAUGUGGUGGGGGCUCGGUGGCAGUUUGAGACAAAGCCUCUGGAUUCAAUUAGAGACUCAGAGGAGGUCUAUGUUAUUAAAGCUGUGACUGAGGAAGGCAUUAACAAAGGAGACGUCAGCUCUGCAAGGUGGAGGUUUGAAACGCAACCUCUGGAUGAAAUUACAGAGGAAAUAAAAGUCAGGUCAAAAACAGUUGCAGAUAUCCAAGGCGGUGAUGUGAAGACAAACAAGCAGCGAUUUGAGACUGAUGAGAUGUCCCAAAAGUACAUCAGAACUGUUAGCGUGAGUGAAAUCCAAAAGGGCGAUGUCAGAUCUGCCACAUGGAUGUUUGAAACGCGCACAAUGGACGAGAUCCACGGUGAUGGCGCAGAGUAUGAUGGCAUGGAGAGAGUGACAAAAGAGGAAGUGAUGAAAGGAGAUGUCAAACAGUCCGUGUGGCUCUUUGAGAAGCAGCCUCUUGAUAGCAUCAGAGAGACUGACGGCACAGAGCUGGUUUCUACAAAGGAGGAAAUCCCACAGGCCGAUGUGAAGACGACAACAUGGCUAUUUGAAUCCACUCCGUUUCAUGAAUUCAACCAAAGCAGCACGGAAAAGACAGAAAUAAUUGGUAAAAGCAUCAAAGAGACACUUGAGGAGCUUUACUGUCAGAAAAUGGUGGACUCCCAAGGUGUUCUUAUUGAGGCAGAUGAGAUCGGUGAUGUCCGCAUGGCCAAGUUCAAACUCAUGAACCAGGAGGCUCCACAAAUCCAAAAAGAAGAAAUUAUCCGAGGGGAUCUGAGCAACAUAAUGAUAAACCUCCUAAACCACAGGGAGGUCACGGAAAGGGGGAUAACUAUUGACAGCGAGGAGCGGGGGAACAUCGACACCACAGUGAAGCAAUUAUUCAACCAGGAAAGGGAAAUCAAUGUGGCGAAAGAGGAAAUUGUCCGCGGUGACAUUCAAGAGGCCGUGAACAAUCUGCUCAAGAGCGAAGGCUCCUCCAAGCGUGGCAUUCUCAUUCAAGAGGAUGAGAAAGGAGACGUGAGGAUGACUAUCUAUUCCCUCUUGAAUAAAACGGAGAGGGCUAGCAUGGAGAAAGAGGAUAUCAUUCAAGGAAAUGUGAGCAGAACCCUUCAUCGUCUGCUCUCCAACUCAGGAGGGGAAGACUCGAAAAGGAUAAUGGUUGGAGACACUGAGAGGGGUAACGUCAGCUUUUACUCCACAUGCAUCGAGUCGGGAGCCUUGGAUUACCUGAAGCAGCUUCAGUACGGACCCGAUGACGCGCAGGGAAAGACGGAAAAGGAGAACAUCAUAGGUGGUGACAUCGAGGUGACCAAAAUCUUGCUGCAGAAGAAUCAGCAGCAGAUUGGUCGCACGGUGGCAAAGGAUGACAUAGUUCCUGGCGAUGUACACAGCAAUGUUAAAGUCUUUAUGACGGAGCCUGCCGUUGCCUACAGAAACCUAGAGAAAAGGGAUAUUGUUAAAGGUGACCUGAGCGCAGCCCUGGAUUCACUGGCCCAAGCGAUUAAUCAGAAAGUGGUAAUAGAGAAAGAGGAGGUGGUCAAGGGGGACAUCCCAACUACUUUGAGAUCUCUGGAGGAGGCCCAGCAUCAAGCCAAAGAAAUGGAAAAGCCUGAAAUUGUCAGGGGGGACAUCAGAGGGGCUCUCGAGUCACUGGGGAAAUCUGCAACCACCAAUACGGAAGCGACUGUUGAAGAUCUAGUGCCAGGUGAUAUCAAAGGGACCAUGAAGUCUCUGGAGGAGGCAAAGCAAGCGGUGAAAGAGAUUGAAAAAGAGCAGAUUCUCAAAGGAGACAUCCACAUCGCCAUGCAAAGCUUACAGGAGGCAACAAGUGCAAAGAAGGUUUACCAGCAUCAAGUGAGUGAACAAGGGGAUGUCAAAGCCACUAUUCAGCUCUUGUUAGAGCCCACAACUUCUCCCAAAAUGCAGCGCAGGGGGAGCAUGGAAGGAGAUGUGAAAACAUCUAUAAAAUGUCUUUAUGAAGGACAGGAGACAAUGCAGGUGGAAAAAGAGGAGGUAGUUAAAGGGGACGUUAGAGGGGCAAUAAAGAAUCUAAUGCAUAGGAAACAAUAUUCAAAUGUGAAACGCAUGCAUCUCCCCAAGAAAGCAAAAGUGCCUGUGAAAAAUCCAUUAACUGUAAAGCAAGCGGAGCAUGAAUGCUUACACGAAGCCAAGAGUGAGAGUGUAGCAGUCAAUCCAGCCCCCGCUGUGAAAAAUCUCGCUCAGAGCGGUGAGUCACAGAAGCACACACAGAGGCACCACGAAAGCAAAUCGGUGAAAACACAGGUAAUAACCCAGGAGGACCACUCUGUUAAUGUAGCCAAAACAGACAGUACUGCUGGGGCCUCUCAACACAAGAGCAUGAAAGAACAGAAACAGAAAGUGCCACCCCCGCAGAAAACACACGCUCCUAAGCCUAUUAUGAUAAAGAAUAAACAGAUGACUAAUAAUGAUCAAACGGAGACAAAAGCAUUGGAUGUGAGUGUGAUGAAAGAGGUGCAAAACACAUCACAGACCAAUAUUUCAAACAAGCAAAUGUGUGAAACCAAGACAAUCAAACAGGUGCAGACUACAGUGACGGAGAAAACUGUCACACACAAGCAAAAUGUCUCCGAGCAAAUGUCUCAAAAGCAAACGGAGAGUAAGGCUAUCACACAAAAGCAUAACAUCAAAAAUAUGAAGAGUAAUUACCAGAGCCUUGACGUGAGAGGGAAAGGGGUAAUCAAAAAGGGAAAGCCGGAGAUUCACUUCCCUCCUCCUCCCUCUUCACCUCCUCCACCCUCAGAGUCUGAGCUCUCCCUCCCUCCUCCGCCAUCACCAGUGCUGGGGAGCCCAGCGUCCCCCCCAUCUAUCAUGAGGCAGGACAGCGACCUCCCACCUCCACCGCCUCCGCCUCCCAUGGAAUGCAGGUCUGACCCUGACUUUUUCCCUCCUCCUCCAACUCCUCCGCCUCCGCCCUCUGUGGGUGGACAAGAUUUUCUCCCUCCGCCUCCCUCGCAGCAAGAGCUUAAUGCAAUGCCUCAGCUUCCGCCUGCAAAGCUGGGCAAACCUAUUGGCAAGCCUUUAUUCAAAGUGCCCAAGCAGCCAGAAACACAGAAGCAGCCCGUACACAUUAAACCCAAAUGGCAGAAAAAGCAGCCAACUCCUCCACCACCUCCACCUCCACCACAGCUCCCUUCUGAUCAAGCAGAAACGGCGUCAACAGAGCGGGGAAAAGCAGCUCAAGUUCAAGAAGUGAAAAAGGAAACUAGCCAGCUGAUCGAAACAAGCAAGCAGAUGCAGUCCGAAUUAACAACGGGGUCGACAACAAAAAUCCCAAGCAUCCCGGCUGUGAAGCCAAAAGAGAGCCCACAGCCACCUAAAAAAGUGUUUGUCCCUCCUAUUAAACUGCCUCCACCUCCUGAACCCGCUCCAACCUCAAAGCCUAGGCCUUACGCUCGCAAAUUUAAAACCCCGCUCAUGCUUGCAGAGGAAAGGUAUCGGCAACAAACGGAGAAAGAAGAAAUAGCGAGAAGUAAUGUCACAACUCCCACCUCUCCGCCAAUAAAUAUAUCAGCCACUGCUGCUAGUCCAGAGCCUUCUGCAGCACAGAGCACACAGACAGUGACCAUGGAAGCGACAAAAGCAAAGAGCGAAGAAGCCAAGAGCGUUUCCAAAGAAACAAUAUCGCCUGCCAAGAAAACCCCUUCCCAGAUCCCUUUGAGCAAGCCCGUGAUGUCAGUGGUAAAUAAGAAAUCAGCAUCUGGAGUUACAAAUGUGUCCGUAGAUAAAAAGCAUGUUGCCAGCGAGCACUCAUCAGAAAAAAUACUUUCCUCAACUGGUGCUAAAAAGAGUCAAACAGCGCCCCAGAAUCAGACUUUUUCUGCUGCUCAAUGUCAUCGCGAGGCCUCAAAUAUUAAGGUCCAGUCAUGCUCGAGCGUGAUCACUUCUUCAGUCAGCGAGCAGCAGCAGUCUAUUAAGGAAUCCAGCAGCAGGUCUGUCACUGCCACACAAAGCGCUGUCCAGCAAAAUGUAAAUCUUCAAAGGCAGACUGCGGUCACAUUGAAAGCUGAAGAUGUAAAGAAUAUCAAUGUGCCUCUGACACAGGAGGGGAAAAUAACUCCCUCUCAACCCACUAAAAUUCCAAAGGUAACUCCAAAUUUCAAGGUGAAAACCUUUAAGAUGCCAACAGAGAAGACAGAGGAGAAAUGUGCCAGUGAAAUGAAAAGUGAAAUGCAUUUACAGCAAGAGAAAAGCAAUGUGUCACAGAAAAGUGAAACAAAAGUGUAUCAGAAAAGCAGCCAGCUGACGUCAGCGAGAACCGAGAUGAAAACAGAAGUGAAAGAAAAGGAGAAGAAAAGUUACGUGAGCCCACCUAUAAAGGGAGUUGAAGUGGAAAUUAACGUGGAAAAGGAAAAGCCGGUGCAAAGGAAUGAGAGUGAAGUAAAGCAGUCACCAUCCGUUACUGUUUUAAUGCCUAAGGUGGCUAAGAUAACAUCAGCAGCUUAUCAAGGCCAUGUAUCUGUCUCCCACAGUCAGCAGAGCAUGAAGGCCGAGCACAUUCAGAGACACGAGGAGGUUGUGACUGAGAGUGUGGGACAGCAAUGCCAUCAGAGGCAAGAGAACGUUCAGGUGCAAAAACAAAGCAAGGUACAAGCAGCAGAAACAAACAGAAUGCAGAUAAAGACAGUAAAGUUAAAAGGUGAACCUAAGGAUGUGUCUGCGCAAGGGACUGGGAAAGCAGCCCCUAAAAACGAGGCUCAUUCAGAAGAAAUCACCAAUUUGGAGAAAUGUAAUAUGAUGCAGAAGCUGCUCGCUCAAGUAAAAGAGCUCGAAGGCACACCGAGCAAAAUAGACUCCAACACCGUCAGGAUGAUUAUCAGCGAACUCCCUGACUGGGCCAUGGGCUCAGACGAGAAACAUAAUUUAAGUGAAAUUGCUAAACACCAAAGUAAGAAAAAGCUGAAAGAAAUGAUAGUGUAUAUGAAAAAUAUGUUUCAAGCAAAGCUCACUUUUUUGGAGGAAAACUCAACCGCUGUGGAGAAGCACGGGAAAGAGAAAGAAGGGCCGCCAGUGCCUCCGAAACCAGACCAGAGCGUCAUCAACGGAGCGACUGCGAAGAUAUCAAAGAUCAGUAUCGGCUCGUCCAAAAGUGAAAAGAAAGUAGUGGAAGAGAAAAGAUCACUGCAAGAGAGAAAAGUGUGUCAGGAGAUGAGUGAGGCGGCUGAUCCGAGAGUGCCCUCCCCGUUAGCAAGUAUCCGCACUCCGUCGCCCACGUUUAUAAGUAUUGAGUCACGGAGGAUAGACUCGCCGCUCAGAGUGACCCCUUCUCCUCCGCCCUACAAGUCAGUCGGGACACCUCCGCCUCCUCCACGCAAGACGUACACGCCCACCAGUAGCUUCAGCAGGGCCACGCCAUCUCCCACCCUGAGCCGCUCGGAGAAGCUGAUGAAACUGCGGGACACCACCUCCAAGCUUCCCCGCGGCGUUACCCCUCCGCCUCCAAUGCCGCUGUCGGAGUGCUUCGCAGCUGAAAGAGAGGAGUCCUCCCCGUUUAGCGACAGGGCGACUCCCGUAGACGGAGAUGAGCAAAAGUUGGCAGAAGUUGCAGAAAUGGGGGACUCCAUGAUGACUGUGAGGGAUAAAAAGUCUUUCUUUGAGGAGGCGCAGAAGGCGGAGGUGAGCAGGACAUACAUGCGGAAAGAUCCCAUCGAUAUCCCCGAACGACUGGGACCCGACGCCGAGGAAGGCGCCCCGGCUGUGACUAUAGACCUUUUGAAAGAGGAUCUCCCCAGAGUGGAUCUGUCAAAGCUAGUGAAUAAGUUUGAAUCUCCACAACCCAAAGUGUACUCCAGAAAGGAGCCUAUUGCCAUCACCGAGAGGCUGGGGAGUGAUACAGAGGAUGCGGAGGCUGACCCGCCAAGAACUGACACUGAAAUCCAUUCAUUCAACGUCAAAGCAAUAAAGGAUGUGUUUGAGACCGGAGAGCAUAGUUCACAGGCUGCCCGAGAGUUGAGAGAGCAGAUAGAAAGAAGAGAAUCUGAAUCAGCUUGCUCCGUAUCGGGGGGUCACUCUGGAACGACAGCAGUCACUGAGCAAUUCUGCAGCGUCGACAACUUUGGAAACCUGAUAAGUGAGACGACGAGUCAGAUGCAUUCGGAGAACUCCCUGACCCGCGGUAACCCUCCGUCCUACGCUGACGUGGUGAGAGGCAACGUUCCAACAGUCGGCGUGCCCGCCGAGGCCUCCGCCGAGGAACUGCUGAGAAACUUCCAGCAGUCGUGGGCCGAGAGCCAAGGAGUUUUCCAGAAUCUGGGCUUCAGUGUCACGGAGCAGAGAACUUCACAGAUUGUGACACGCCAGCAGGAGACUGUCGUGACGGAAAAUUCGAGUUCCAGAGUCCGAACUGUGCAGGGUGUGUCGGAAGAGGGUGUACCCGAUGGAAUUGCUGAUCGCAGACAAACAAAACUUCCAUAAAAACUGCUUUUGCUGUGAGCACUGCAGAGGCAAACUAAGUCUUGGUAACUAUGCCUCUCUCCAUGGACGAAUGUACUGCAAGCCACACUACACGCAGCUGUUCAAAUCCAAAGGAAAUUAUGACGAGGGAUUUGGACAGAAACCACACAAAGAACUAUGGAA